CUAUAUUAUGCAGGUUCCUGAUUUCUCAGCUUAAGAAGGUGGAAUUCAGCAAACCAUGAUAAACUGCCAUUGAAGAAUAUUGUCAACAGUUUUAGUAGGAAUGGUCAUAUGUGCAACUUCACUCCAGAAACCUGAUAUUGGACACUCAUCUAUUAUGUGAACAUAAAUACAACACUGUUGGUUGUAAUGAGACACUAUUUGCAGGCCACUUCUACAUUUUGUUUGUAAUUGGAGAUGGACAUAGGGAUGGCUCGUGAAGGUCACCAGGUCGAUGGGGUGAAGAUUCUCCAGGCUGCCAAUGACUUGCUUCUCUUUCGUCGUCAUGAGGAGGUGCUGCGGGUGUGUAGGUUAGGUGUUGAUAGGAAUCAGGAGGUUGUAUUUCCUCGUAUUGGAGAGCAAGUAUCUACAAGAGGAGAUGGGACUGACUUCCAGAAUGGACUAUCAGAUGAAAAUGAGCAGAAUCUGAAGAAAAUGCACAAAGAUGCCAUGAGGGAAUAUCUAGAAUCGAUGUGCAUACUUGCCAUGCAGGCAUACGCUGAGCUGGAUAAAUGGGACCAAGCGUUACCAUUUCUCAUGUCUUGUUAUGGAGAUAUCUCAAAGCUUCCUCCAAGGAUUGUAUUAAUGUGCAUAUUACUAUUUAGCAAAGUUCGGAACUUUGGUGAAGCGGAGUUGUUCUCGUCUCAGUGGCUUAAGACCCAGAAUGGCUGGUCCAUCAACCAGUAUUGCUCAGUCCUUGAAACAUACAUCAAGAGGGUUUAUAUAUCUCAGGGGCAAUGGAAAGAUGCUAGAGAGUACAUAGAAACUAACACUGUAUUAAGUCCUGAGAGGAAGAUGAGGUACUUGAAAUACUUGGCAGAACUGCAGCAACAAAAGGAGAGUAGUUCAACCAAUGGUUGUAAAAAUGCCAAGCAUUCACAACCUGGUAACAUUUUGCUGAGCCUGUUUCAGAAGCUGCGCUCAUUCUUUGUGUCCCGCUUGAGCCCAUCAACAUCCCAUGGAUUGCACCGGAUUCAGAACCUUGCCCUUAUCAGUGUCUUCCUCUACCUAUUAUUAUUUAGGACAAAUACAAGUAUUCCUACUGGUGCUUCCCAGGCCAAUGCUGUGUGGAGUAGUUUGGUAGGUGUGUGGCGAUCACUUUUUGCUCCUUUCCAUGUCAUGGUCCAGGAAGCCCAAUAGAGGGAGCAUUACGAGAACUGUAACCUUGUGCUUGAAACUAUUGUGGUUGUCCCCACCUGCGGUAUCUGCUGUAAACGGUCUUGGCCCACCCAUGGUCCAGCCCACCUGUCCUGUCUCUAGAUCUCUAGAAAUGAUUGAAACUGGUCAAUAUUCAGUCCAGUAUUCUGAGAUUGAUUGAUAUGUGACCCCAAGCUAUGUAUGAAUAAUUUAUUAUGGGAUGUACUACUACCAGUACUCACUAUGUGUUCUUGAAAACAAGGCAAGUGAAAUAGUGGAGCCUCAUAAAUUCUUCUUGUCAAGUAUAAAGAGGCUAUUGUGUGUGAUACAUCCUUGCUGAACACAGUAUCACUGUGCAUUUCAUACUACAGUUGAGGAUUUACCUAAAAUAAGUAAGGAUGCUAGUAUACAUGAAACUUAUAUUUUGUGGAUAAUUGAAAAACUAGCAAUGCUCUCACCAUGCUUAUAAAGAGUAAGAGAAAACUCAACAAAAGCAAGAACUGCAUCAUAACCGAGGACAGCCAGAAAAUUCUCACUUUCGAUAUUUAUGGAGUUUGGUGAUACAGUGUGGGGUCAAGAUGCGGCCUUUAUCAAUGCCAACUUGUAUCUUUACAGGAUAUAGUUGAAAUGGAUACAGCACAGAAAUUUGCUUCAUAAUCUGUCAAAUUGUCAUUUACUAAAUGAUCAAACCUGUCAAUUCAGAAAUUUAAUUCUGUUUUAAUUGCUAGUCAGUUGGGGCGGGGGAAGAAUGCACUUCCCUCCCCUCUUUUGAGAUGAAUAUAAUUUACAUGCUUAAUGUAUAUAGAGGGGUAAUGGUACUACCCUUCCUCCAGGGUAAUAUAGUCCUGUCUAUCCUACUGCUUCCAUUAUUUAGCCAAAGACAAACAUGCUGACCCAAUUUCGCCAAAGUGGUCAAAAUCAAAGGUAGUUAUACCUCUUUGAACAUGCUACAGUGAAUAUUUGCCUUUGAUAUUAGACAUAAUUCUUUAUCAAGAUAUACUUUGCUGUCUCUCAAGGGGCCAGGUUUAAACCACCACAUGUUAUGAAUUCUGUGUUGAUUUCACCCUGAAGGAUCGGACAGAACAGAAUUGGGCAUUCACAAAGCUUAAGGUAAUUAUAGGCUACAUAAUGCACCUGAAAAACAGCCUCUAAAACUACGAAAUGACAUCUCAAUUCAUUUAUUCUGAUUGCUCCUUCCUGUCUUUUAUUUUUACUCGAUGCAACCAAGAAUAAAAACUGAUGUAAGUUUGUUUUUCUGUCAUCUUUGCUGUAUGUAAAUGUAGUCAUGUAUAUCUGGGAAAUGUUUGAAAGUACUUUUGAAAGUCAGUUGGCAGUAGUAGCUCAGAGGAUAUGUAAGGUAUUUGAUACAUGUAUUUUCUUCUUCUUGUAGGUAUUUAAGAAAAUAAAAUGCUCAAAGUGUACAGAAUGUAAAUAGUAUAGAGAAUACAUUUACAAUCAUAAUUGCUAGUUUUAUACGUGUGCAGUUAUCAUGUAAUUAUUAUACAAACAAAUCUCUUUUAUAGCAAGAAAACAUUGUCUUUCCUUUAGAGCCAUACAUGUAAGAACUGUUGGUUUUAUCAUCCUCGUAGCCCCUGUGGCCAUCGUCCUGCAACUUAUCCCCUUUUAGUUUGGUGCAUGACUAAAGAUGCCCUCUAUUGAGUUGACAAAACGUGAAAAAAUUGAAUAGUAUGGAACUUGCAAAAGGCUUAUUAUUCACUUCCACAUGAUGAUUAGUCUGUUUGAGCGUGACUAGCUACAUGUAUUGUGAAGAAGUUUUACAUUUUGCAUUCAUUAUGAAUCAUGAUAUGUUGUACAAUGAAGUGGGAAAUUAUGAAACUUACUUGUUAUUAUUAACCGUAUCAGACAUCUGAGCAGGGCAACUUUAAUACAUUGUUGCCUGCUUAAGACUGAUCAAGUGGUCGGUCAUUAAGUUUCCACUUGUUUAACCAUGGACAAAUUUAUUGCCCACUCAGGAAAGUCUAUGAGAAAAUGCGUGGAAGUGUAGCGGGCAGUAAGGCAGAGAGCUAACAUCCGUGUAUUCUACGCGUUUUUUUGUACGCGUCCUUGAAUCGCGCAUUGCUAUACGUCACAAUGUCAAACAAGUUGAGACAACGCUGGAUACUCAGGCCAGGGACGUGUCAUUUACGUCACAAUGGUAAAGUUCAGAGGCCCGGUCUGCUCAACAUGACAAAAAGAUAUUCCCGUUCUUAAACUCUAAAUAUUUCUGAAUUUUAACGAUUUUUGCUCUAGAUGUCUGAUUUGGUUAAUAAUAGCAAUAUUGACUGGCCUGGGGGCGAAAGGACAUAUAUUGCCCUCACUAAAUUGAUAUCACCUACGACUCGGGUGAUAUAAAUCUAGUUUGGGCGAUAUAUGGCGUAUCGCCCCAAGGCCAGUCAAUAUUGCUUUAUUAUUUUUUUCUGAGUCUUAAUAGUACUUGACAAUGAGGAGGACAUGCAUAUUUAUUUCAUCAGAGAGGAAAAACAAGAGUUACAAUUACUUGAAACAUAAAUUUGGGGGGUACUAAAAAAUCAUACUUUAAGAUUUUGAUUAUUCAUAUAAUUCCUACAUUGGUAAACAAAGGAAUGCAGGGUAUGUCUGUUUCAUGAAAUAAUAAAUUAUGUAGGUUUGCCUCCAGUGGCAUUGAAUACAAGUACUAUUACAAUUGAUUUAACAACACAUACUCAGUUAUAAGUUAUGACCAUACUGUUCAGGUUUAACUUAAAAUCUCACAAUGAAAUCAUUGCAUCAAAUUCUAAAUCAGUGUGAUCGUUUUCUAGUACUAAUCCAAUCACGAAAUUUAAUGAUUUAUUUGUUGCUAUAUUUUAUUUUUGUUUUUGCUUGCAUACAUUUUAGAGUACUUUAUCGAAAACACCAACCUAUUGCGUCACGACGAUAAUGCUGUUGUAUAAUAUACAUGUAAUAUACAGUCUCAAGGAAGUAAUGUUUAUCUGGGAUUCACAUAUUUUUCCCGUCCUUGGUUUUAAAUUGAUUUCCUUCAGGAUUUCCUUGGAAUAUUCUCUGUUGAGGAACACAAUCCAAAAGUUCAUAAAAAACCAGUUCAGGAAAUCAACAACCUAUGGUAUUUUGCUCUCACUCUCCCUCUGGCUACUUUUAAUGAUGAUAUUGAGAAAAGUUGUAGGUGAACAACCAAAUGGGAUAAUAAUUGUUUCUGCUUAAAGUUUCAGUUGAGAGAGGGUAAGUGUAGGCCAUUUAGUGAGAUGUGAUAUUGCUUAUUUAUGUUUUGUAACUUUCUGUUUAGGGAUUGAUGAGUGGGUUUGGAUCAUUUAGAAAUGAUUACUGGUAAUAGAAAACUGAUUUUGAAUCUGCUGUAUGCUGGAAGUGUUCUGAUGAAAUCACAGACUGAAAGAUUAGCAACAGUAGUUAUCGAGUUGUUUUGAAGGUUGAAAAGACAGAGACUGAAAUUACCUUAGGUUAUGCUGCAUUUAUUUUGUCUCAAUGUGCAAUGAACUACAUAAAAAGGUUAGGAUCGUCGACUUGUGGUUAGACUAUAAGUCAAUUGAUUUGCCAAAUGUGGCUACAAAUGCCUGUGUUUUUAUUUUAUGAUGGUGAUGAAGAUCUUAACCAGUUCUGAAGACAUUGAAAUUAAAUCUGCUUUUCAACUCAGCAUCAUGUAGUUUCCCCAGUUUGAUAAUCUAGAACAUCAAAAUUGCUUUGUAUAUCUCACAAUCUUAUUUCUUUCUGUUCAAAGAAUCCAGUUCCAGUGACCCCAUAGUAGUAUGAUUCAUAGAAACUUGAAAUCGUUCCUCUAAACUGUUAUAGGCACAGUUUGCCAGGCAGUAUUUAUUGUGCGUGUGUCUAUUAGUAGGGCCUAUUGGGAAUAUUUGUCACACUCACAUCUUACCCUAUAUAUGUAUGCCUUUUUGGAAAAAAAACCGGAGUGGUUUAAGAAACAGACAGUUUGGAAAAUCCUCUUGUUCUUUCUUAAAUUAUGUGUACAGGGUUUAAAAGGUCUAAAUCACUUUCAAACAUAAAAUUCAGAAAGAUUCGACACUGGUGCAACUUUAUGUAUGUUAUGCUGCUUCAUUUUACAAACUCAUACUGUGCAUUUUAAGUUACACUACCAUGGCAGGCUGUCAAUUUGUUCUCAUUAGUGAGAUAAGAUGUUUGCUAAUCAUUGUCAUCACUGAAAUUGAAUUUAUUUGAUGAUGUUUAUGUCGUAUGUGCUUGUAAAAUAUACUUUGUAUUAUCAAAUUUUGUUCAGAAAAAUUGGCACAUUUGUAAUAGUUUUCAUUGAUUAAAAAAAAUUGUAUAGUAUGUAGUCAUUUUGUAUUUUCCUGGUUCAUGGACAAAGGAUAUAGACAUAAUUCAAAUUCAAUUCGGUUUUAAUAAAACGUUUUCGUCAAAAAGUCUAAAGACUAACAAUGGGAGUCACAAUCGAAUACAUAAAAUCAAAUAUCAGAUAGAAUUAAUAUAUAAAAUGUAGUACCCAUUAUUCUACCAAUUACACACACAAAAAUAAAAUAUAUAUUUGAAAAUGUAUAAACAUUAUAAUAUUAAACAUAGUUUAUUGUGAUGUAAGUCUUGUUCCCUGUUUGAAAAUCAAGGUCCUUUAGCAUAAGGCCUUACAAAAAAUUACGUCACCAUCAUUUGAUAGACCGUAAAAUGAGAAAAAUGGGGUCGCUCUGUUGUUUCACUAGCAGACCCAAAAUGUACAAAUGCAAUGUUUUUGUGAGAAAAUGACAGAUUCAUGCAAAAAAUUUGCUCAAAUUUGUAUUCCAUGGAUUAAAAAAGCACAUGUGUUUUGUCCUGUUUGACUACAUUAAUAAAUCAACCCAUGCAUGAUUUCUUUGUGCAGUGCAGCAGCUAUAAGGUAUUU